AUGCAGCUUUCGCUUUUUACCGUCAUGAUUCCCUCCCUUGCGGCAUUCGCUACUGCUGCUACCUCUGAAAAGCGUCAAAUCGAAUCAGUCUCCAUCUUCUUCUACGGCCCUGAUGGUGAAAAGUGGUCCCAGGUCUUCCCCACGGAUAUGAGCUCGCAUCAAGUUGACAUCAAGAAGACGGUUUCUCAUAUCUACAACCCUGGUGGAGCGAUCUGCGGAUUUAAUGGUGUGAAGGGAGAGAGGGUGGAUGUUCCAAUUGGGGACCACAAGCUGGAGACUCCGCAGGUCCUGAGGACGGGAACCUGUGCUCAUCUCUAG